GAGACGGGAACCUGAGGGAGAGAGCGAGCUCUAGAUGCGACGGGAAUGCAAGUUUUUUUUUUUUUAAACCACUUGUCCCCAUCUUUUUUCACUCUUUUUACUCGUUUUCGCUCCCUCCUCGCGUGGACUCUCUGAAACGAAACUCUAACUUAAUGUGUUUUUUCGCUUGUUUUAUUUUUUUUUGUCUUAAAAGAAAGGAUCUCCAACUGUAUCGCCGACGCUGAAACCAACCUCGUUUGUUUUGGAUUAGCCAGCUAACGCUAGCUCUCCUGAACUCCCAUCAGCCAACGUUAACCAAAGAAGAAGAAGAAGAAAUAAAGAAGAAGAAGAAGAAAUAAACGGUUUGCUGAGGAGCUUGGUUGUCUGAUAAAGAAGCCAGAGCCUCGCCCGCUCGGUUUUCUCCCGUUGGCUCUUUUUUUAUUUAUUUAUUUUUUUUAUGGGUGUUGAUCCGUUUGCGGCGCGAGGGUGAAGGAGUUCAGAGGAAGGUCGCAGUGUUUAGGAGACAAGGAGGAAAACUGCACGUUUUUUUUUCCUGCUAAGAGUUUCCUGGGAUGUACCUCCAUCGGUCUUAAAACGCAGAAGCACCGAUCCUGAGGAGUACUCGACUUUUUAAACUUUAACAGGAAAACAAUCCCCCCCGAUAAAUGCAUGACAGCGGGCCUUACUGAAGGGACCUCCGAACUAAAGGGAUUAUAAUUCCACAUUUCUUCCACAUUUAUUGGAUUAUCAACAGCAAUCAGAUGAACGGGGACUGUCGCCUUCACUUAUGGAAAAUGAUUUUCACUCGCACAUGUGCUGCCAGAACCCAAGAUCACGUUAUUUAGUGGCUUCGUUGCACAAUUUAUUUUAUUUUUAUUUUUUUUAAACCGGGUCUAGAAAAAGAAAAGAAAAAAAAACUUGGCUGUAUAAGAAAACUCAUUUCUAGCUCUGAUAUCCCGGACACACAUUUUCCCCCCUGAGGACUGGAGUUCCUGGAACCUUCAGAGGGAGAACUACUUCAGUCAAGAUGAGGUGGUUGACGCCAAAGCUGCGAGCACAAACGCUGUUUUUUAUCCUCUGUACCUGUAUUAUAUGCAAGUGUGGGCUCAUAAACGGUGAAAUUUGUCCGAGCAAGAACAUCCGGAACAACGUGAACAACCUCCGCUCACUGGAGAACUGCACCAUCAUCGAGGGCCACCUGAAGAUCCUUCUCAUGUUCGGGGCCAAGGCAGAGGACUUCAAGGGCCUCAGCUUCCCAAAGCUGCGUGUGGUCACCGACUACGUACUGUUAUUUAGGGUCUACGGCCUGGAGACCCUCAGCAACCUCUUUCCAAACCUGACAGUGAUCCGCGGCAACAACCUCUUCUUCAACUAUGCCCUGGUGAUUUAUGAGAUGCUGCAGCUGAAGGAGGUGGGCUUGCACAGCCUCAUGAAUAUUACACGAGGCGCCGUGAGAAUAGAGAAGAAUCCGGACCUGUGCUACCUGGCCACUCUGGACUGGUCCAUGAUCCUGGACUCUGUGGAGGACAACUUCAUCGUGGCCAAUAAGAACGAGCGAGAGUGCGGAGACGUGUGUCCUGGCAUAGCGCAGGGCCAGCCCAAAUGCACUCAGACCACCAUCAAUGGCAACUUCAGGGGAAGAUGCUGGUCGCAGAGCCAUUGUCAGAAAACAUGCGAUAACUGUAAAAACGGCGCGUGCAGCAAUAAGGGCCAGUGCUGCCACGACCAGUGCCUGGGGGGCUGUUUGGAGCCGGGAAACGCCACCAGCUGUGUGGCCUGCAGGAACCUCCAGCAUGGAAAUGUGUGUGUGGACAAAUGCCCUCCUGGAUACUACGUCUUCCAAGGCUGGCGCUGCGUCAGCUUCUCUUUCUGCCAGGACCUCCAUUAUCAGUGCAAGAAAUCUAAAGAUGUGGAUGCCAGCUGCCAUGAGUACGUCAUCCACAACGGAACCUGCAUUCAGGAGUGUCCUUCUGGAUACAGCAGCAAUUCCUCUACGUUGACCUGUGAACCUUGUGCAGGCCCCUGUCCUAAAGCGUGCCAGGGAAAUAAGACGAUUGACUCUGUUACUUCAGCCCAGGCCUUAAGAGGAUGCACUGUCAUUGAGGGCAACAUGGUUAUCAAGAUCCGAGGAGGGACUAAUAUUGCGGCUGAGCUGGAAGCUAGCCUGGGACAGAUCGAGGUCAUCAAAGGUUACCUCAGUAUACGGAGGGCCUACGCGUUGGUCUCCCUCUCAUUUUUGCGAAAACUACGUACUAUAAAGGGAGAGCAAUUUGACUCAGAUCACUACGCCUUUUACGCACUGGACAACCAGAACCUCCGCCAGCUGUGGGAUUGGUCCAAGCACAACCUGACGAUCGAGCGAGGCCGCACCUUCUUCCACUUCAACCCUAAGCUUUGUAUGUCCGAAAUCAAGAAGCUGGAGGAGGUAACAGGAACCAAGCAGCGCAACAUGAAGAACGAUAUCGCUGCUCGCACCAACGGAGACCAAGCAUCCUGUGAGAUGAAGCUGUUGAACUUCACUCAGAUUAAGGUUAAGUCUAACAUGAUCAUUCUGAAGUGGCAGGCGUACUGGCCGUCGGACUACAGAGACCUGCUGGGAUUUAUGGUUCUCUACAAAGAGGCCCCGUACAAGAAUGUGACCGAGUUCGAUGGACAGGACGCGUGCGGCUCAAACAGUUGGGUAAUAGCUGACGUCGACCCUCCGCCUCGCGCCACAGAUGGAAAGAAGGCAGAAGAUCCAGGCUACCUCAUCCGAGCAUUAAAACCCUGGACCCAGUACGCCAUCAUGGUGAGAACCCAGCUGUCUGCGUCUGACGAACAUCAGGUUCAUGGAGCCAAGAGCGAAAUCAUUUAUGUUCGCACAAACGCCUCAAGACCUUCUGAACCUCUGGACCCCAUCUCCUCCUCAAACUCUUCGUCUCAGAUCAUCCUGAAGUGGAAGCCUCCCACCAGUCCCAACGGAAACAUCACCCACUACCGAGUGGUCUGUCUUAAGCAGCAGGAGGACAGCGACCUCUACAAGUUUGAUUACUGCCUACAGGGAAUGAAGCUGCCGUCCCGAACCCCAACCCACCUGGACAGCGAGGACGAGCACAAGUGGAACCAAACAGAAGAUCUGAACCCAGGGGGGCGAUGUUGCACCUGCCCGAAGACGAAAUUUGAAAUCGAGCAACAUCAGAAAGAGAUAGCGUACCGCAAGACCUUUGAGGAUUACCUCCAUAACAUCGUCUUUGAGAGCAGGCAAAGUCGUCCUCGACGCUCAGUGGACGACCCAGACCCCACCCAGUCCACUCUCUUUCACACCUCCAUGUCCCGUCUGAAGUACGAUCCAACCACUGCUUCACCCGAGGAAGAGGACGAAGAGGAAGAGGGAUCUAAGGUGGUGGUCGAUGUGUUUGGGAAGGAAUCAGCAGUCAUAUCCAACCUGCAGCACUUCACCAGCUAUAAGAUAGAGAUCAUAGCUUGCAACCAUAUCACAGACACCAAACGCUGCAGCUUGCCCACUUAUGUCAGCGCCCGGACCAUGCCAGAGUUAAAAGCAGAUGACAUCCCAGGCCAGGUGACCCAUGAGAUUGUGAACGCUGAGCCCCCCUAUGUGAAUGUUCGAUGGAACGAGCCUCCCUCGCCUAAUGGCCUAAUCAUCCUUUAUGAGGUGUUCUACCGGAAGGUUGGCGACCCAGAGCCGCACUCAACUUGUGUGUCACGGCUGAACUAUCAGAAGUUGGGCGGCACCAAGCUCACGCUGGUCCAGGCUGGGAACUACAGCGUGACUGUCCGGGCUACAUCCUUGGCUGGAAAUGGAUCCUUCACAGAAACCACGUACUUCUUCAUGCCGAGCCCUGAUACAGGUUUAGUUUGGAUUGUGAGUGGACCGGUCAUCUGCUCCAUCCUCUUGCUCUUCGUGGGAGGAGCCGUCUUCUUUAUCAUCAGGAAAAGGCAAACCGAAGGUCCUUUGGGAGAUCUCAUCACCUCACCGAAUCCAGAAUACUUCAGUGCCAAUGACAUGUACGUUCCUGAUGAGUGGGAGGUUCCCCGCGAGAAGAUCAACCUCCUCCGGGAGCUGGGUCAGGGCUCCUUCGGCAUGGUGUAUGAGGGCAUCGCUCAGGACAUCGUCAAGGGAGAACCAGAGACGCGCGUCGCCGUCAAGACGGUCAACGAAUCAGCAAGCCUGAGAGAGAGGAUCGAGUUCCUGAAUGAAGCUUCGGUCAUGAAGGCCUUCAUCUGUCACCAUGUGGUUCGUCUGCUGGGAGUCGUGUCUAAAGGUCAGCCCACGCUGGUAGUCAUGGAGCUGAUGACUCAUGGCGACCUGAAGAGCUACCUGCGGAGUCUGAGGCCAGACUCUGAGAACAACCCAUCCGGCUGCCCGCCGCCCACUCUGAAAGACAUGCUCCAGAUGGCAGCAGAAAUUGCAGACGGCAUGGCCUACCUCAACGCCAAGAAGUUUGUGCACAGAGACCUUGCGGCCAGAAACUGCAUGGUGGCGGAGGACUUCACUGUCAAGAUCGGAGACUUUGGAAUGACGCGGGAUAUUUAUGAGACUGACUACUACCGCAAAGGAGGGAAGGGUCUGCUUCCCGUCAGGUGGAUGGCUCCAGAGUCCCUGAAGGACGGGGUUUUCACCGCCCACUCUGACUGCUGGUCUUUCGGGGUUGUGCUGUGGGAAAUCAGCACGUUAGCAGAGCAGCCUUACCAGGGUUUAUCCAAUGAGCAGGUUCUGAAGUUCGUCAUGGACGGAGGCUUCCUGGAUCGACCUGACAACUGCCCUGAGAGGAUGCACAGCCUGAUGCAGAUGUGUUGGCAGUACAACCCCAAGAUGCGGCCAACGUUCCUCGAGAUCAUCGAGAUGCUGCGGGACGACCUGCACCCGACCUUUCAGGAAGUGUCCUUCUUCUACAGCGAGGAGAACAAAAUCCCCGAGACGGAGGACUUCGACCUGGACCUGGACAACAUGGAAAGUAUCCCCCUGGACCCAUCGUCUUAUUCCCAGAGGGAGGAAAGCUUAAGCAGAGACAGCGGGCCCUCGGUGGCCCUCAGGGGGAACUAUGAGGAGCACAUCCCCUACACACACAUGAACGGUGGCAAGAAAAACGGAAGAAUCUUAUCAUUGCCCAGAUCCAGUCCUUCCUAACAUCUCCUGCUCCCUCCCCCUCCCUAAAAUGACUAGUGACACUUCCUCCCUCUCUUUCUGUCCCUUUUUUCUGUACCUUGCAAACAUUUUCUAACGAUUUUUCUUAUUCUUAGAGAAACCCAUCGAAAAAUAACAAAAAAAAAAAAGAACCCAGAUCUCAGGACUUUGAAUUUUCUUCCUCAUAGCUGCCAAACCAAGGCAAGCAAAGGAUGCAAACGCCUCUUUUCAACUUGCUCCAUGACACAUCAGACUUGAUGUUACCCACAUCUGCGUUAAUGGGUCAACACCAUGUUUCCAGGACUCCAUGUGACGGAAACAACAACAAACAUUAAAAAAAAAAUUAAAACUGUGAACACAACAAACCUUAGACAACCAAGAAGGCUGCUCAACCUUCCCUCUCACCCCCAUAAAAGCCUCUCCUCUCGCUCCCAGCUCAACUGCAUUUUCCACACUUCUGUGCUUUUACCUUUUUUUUUGUCUCUCCAAAUGAAACGUUUUUACUCUGAUGGUGGCCUUUAAAAAAAAAAUAUGUGGCCUAUAGACUACAGAAUCAUGUCUAAGUAAAUUCCUCGUUUUAGCUACAAAGACUUAAUCAGUGGGAUGACUUACUCGCGAAGAAUUGAUCUUAGAACAAACAUCAUUUCCUGGAGGAACAUUUUCUUUUCUUUUCGCUUUGUUUUGUUUUUGGUUCUGCAAAAUUCCAAACUACCCACAGAUUUAUCAGGUGUUUGGUGAAUAGUUUUAAUUUAUUGGCUGUGUCCUUAUUUCCCUUCUGUUUGUUUCUGUGUCCUCACUUUGUGGCUGAAGGAUAUUUAAACAGUUCAAAUUUGGACAAAAGAGUUCAUCAGACUGACCAAUAGCUGCUGCUUUGAUAUAUUAUAGUGGGUAUAGAAAUAUAUAAAUAUAUAAUAUAUAUAUAGUAUAUAUAGAAUAAUUACAUUUUUCAGCCAUUAUUUUAUAUAUAGUAUACUGUAUAACAUUGAUGGGUUACUUUUGUAAAUACUGUAGUUGAUAUUUGUGUACUUCAUCAGAGGCUUUACUUACGUGUUUUAUUGUGUAUUUCUCUUUUUUUUUAAAAUGUUUUUUAGCCCCAGAAGUUACACUAAUCUACCGUCAGUGCUCUCUGUGUCUACGGCAUCCAGCCCAUGAUCUUUUUAUUUUUUAAUUUUUACUUUUGUCUUUGAUUUUCAACAUAUGGAGGAAACUUUACUACUGCAGCAAAAAAAAAAACCGGGAUAAAUGACCUAAAAGCUUUACAAAGAGGGGAAGCCAGGCCUUUAUAGGGUCAAAGUGCUCCAGAAAUGUGUUUGCCGUCUUUCUCUGGUCACAAUCACAGUUUGCCUUUUUAUCCAUUUGGUUUCUUUGAGGAGAAAACAAAAAAAAACUAAAUUCUGUUGCAAAAAUGUCUUGAAAUUGUGCAGCUUUGAGUGGUUUUGCUUGUUCGGGUGCUUCUCAGUUGUCGGUAUUAGUCCUGGAUUUUACGGCAGGUGAGGUGGAUGAUAUUAGGAAUUUCAAUUGGGGAGAUUUACUACAUUAAACCCAAGCAUUGAUAAAUCACCCACACCUCACUGCUCCUGAACCCUCCGACGCGGCUUCCAAGGCUUUCUGUCGGCCACUGAACUCUCCUCUCCAAAUAAGUCUGGUGGAAAUUUCCACGUUUAAUGACUGAGGGCUGGAGAGAGAUGCGGAAAGUUCCAAAUGUAUUCACAGCCGGCAGUCCUGCACUCCGGGUGGGGCGGGAUCAUGAGUCGAUUGUUAAUUCUCUUAUUCUCCCUGCCAUCACAUGGAGCUUCACAGUCGGGGCACGGCGUGCAGCAGCUUUUCCGCUCAGGACACACAUUCCAGGAUUCAGUCAAAUCUCCACAUCCCCAAAGAAUGCUGUUUGGCCGACACCAUCAGAGUGUUUUGCUGCAUUAAUCAACGGCUGCUUGGGUUUGCAGAAGAUAACACUUUACAGCAUCUUGUCUUUUCGUGAUUUUCACCCCAUAAAUUUGGAGUAUAAAUCAUUUCUAACAGCAGUGCCAACAAAUCGGCAAAAAGAUUUUCCUUCACUGCAUAACUGGAAACGCUCUUCUCCCAAAUGGCAGCAUUUCUCUUUGAGGACACAGACACUUUUUUGCUGAGCAGCGUUAAUUUAAAGGGUGGCCAGAGAAGCUGCCUCCAUAUCUGAACCAGUGCCUUUUUAAUUAUUUCCCAACAAAUUCAUCUUCUAAGCUGAUGCAACAUGCAGAAAAUAUGCUCCUAAUGGCCUGUCAGUUUUUAUUUUGUUAGUUUUUCAUUUG